AUGGAGCUGUUCGAUAGGAGAAUACUUCCAUUAAACUUGCACGCAACAGGUGACGCGUGGUGGAGACGCUGGCAGAAUUACAGAGGCCAGCGCUCCUAUGAGACUGCGAACAAUGUCAUUAGAGAGCGAUGCGGCUUAGAGAUGGUGGACGUCAAGACGAACAAGAGCGCGACGUUGUACGUGCAGCAAGUGCUGCGACGGCACGUGGAAGAUCGUCGCGUGGUCAUCGUCUGGCAGGCGUAUCUUGAGCCAUUUACUUUUGAUAAAGAGCGGGUUCAUGGCGUGCAGUUGGUACUGAAGGGCUAUGUGCUGAUGAAACCUGUGGAAAGUACUGAAGGAAGUGACGUGGCAACACGCGUGGUGACAUGCUACAAUAUCACUCCUUACUUUUCAGACCCAAAGAUGCGGAAGGAUUCCAUGAUAUCUGCAUUGAUCAAGUUUGUGGUAAGUGCGACGUCGGCAAAUAUUUCUACCAGCAAUGAAGCGGUGGAGAAUCUGCUGGUAGAUGAAGCAUUACGAAAUUGCUACUGA